AUUUAACUAGGGUCAUGGAUGAAGCACAAGGAGUUGAAGAGGGGACGGAGAAAAGUAUUCCAAUGAAGAGUAAUGGAUGAUAAUUACAAAGAGCCUCUUGCCCUUAUAUAAAGGACAGCCAAAGACCCCAAAUUGUGCACUAAAUUAUCAUUCUUCACAUUUGUAAAAAUGGUUGCCAAGAAGCCUUACGUUGUUGCCAUUUUCAUUCAAAUUAUUGAAGCCGGAAUGAGUUUAUUGUCGAAGGCUGCCUUCGCUACCGGUAUGAAUACGUAUAUCUUCCUCUUCUAUCGUCAAGUUGCUGGCAGUCUCAUCUUAGUACCACUAACUUUACUUUUAAAGGGGAAAGAGAAGAGGCCAUUGUCUCUAAAACAGCUCUGCCAUGUUUUCUUCAUUUCAUUGAUAGGGAUAACACUUACAAUGAAUGCUUAUGGAGUGGCCGUUGAUCACACGUCAGCAACUCUUGGAAGUGUAGCCUUCAACUGCCUUCCUGUCUCAACCUUCAUCUUCGCCGUCUUAUUUAGAAUGGAAAAAGUGAACUUACAGAAAGCAGCAGGGAUAGCAAAAGUGGCAGGAAUGAUGAUAUGUGUGGGAGGGGCCACAAUACUUGCAUUCUACAAAGGACCAUAUCUAAAGCCAAUAAUAUCACAUCCACUUUUUCACAUUGACGAAUCUGAAACCGACAUUACCACAACAUCUCAAAAGUCAUGGUUGUUAGGGUGCUUCUUCCUGCUAGUGGCUACAGUGGGGUGGGGGAUUUGGUUCGUGCUUCAAGCUAAGUUCUUGAUGGGUUACCCUCACCCAGUUGAACUCAUGUGCGUCCAAACAGUGAUGAGUGUGGUUCAGUGCUUUGUUGUGGCUAUUAUUGUGGAAAGAGAUCCUUCGGAAUGGAAAUUGGGUUGGAAUGUUAGACUCUAUGCUGUUCUCUAUUGUGGCAUUUUGGUGAUUGGAAUCACAAAUAAUGCACAAUGUUGGGUAAUCAAAGAAAAGGGUCCAGUCUUCCAAGCCAUGAUGAUGCCAUUGAAUUUAGUUGCAACCAUCAUUGGUUCUCAGUUAUUUUUGGCCGAAGGAAUCUACUUGGGAAGUAUAAUCGGUGCAAUUUUGCUAGUCACAAGUCUUUACAGUGUUUUAUGGGGAAAAAGCAAAGAGCUUGUGGUUACUCCAACUAACCAAGAUCGACCAUCGUCUCCAGAUUCUCUAUCACAAAAAGAGUCGGAAGAGUCGAACGAUCGUUCUCAAGUUGACUCCACGAUAAUCUAAAAUUAUAUGUCUUAUAUUCAUCAAUAACGGAUUUAGGAUAGGUUGAGGGGAGCUCGAGCCCCCUUCAACUUUAUCAUCUUUAUAUUAUAUGUAUAGAAAACUAUUUAAUUUUUCAUGCUAUAUUAAUUUGUUUUUCUUACUCCCA